GUACCAAGUCGACCGCCUUCAAAAAUAACAGCAAAAAACCACACGAGUCUUGCAGAAAUUCCCAUUUCUUGGGAACCAGUCCCUCAAGAAUUCAUACACGGUCGACAUGUCGGUUACCGAGUUACUUAUCAAGAUGUUUCCAUUGGAGACCUGCCCGCGUAUUUCGAGCCAGUGAUGUGCAUCGACAUUGGGAAUGAGAACACUUCUAUGAUACUUCGAGAUCUGGAACCACUUGUAGUGUAUAAAAUAACCGUGGCAGCCAUAUCGAACCAGGGACCUGGACCCAAAGGUGUCACAUUUGGAGGUAGGUGGAGAUAGACUUUAUAUAUUUGUUAACCAAUCCCCUUCUGACCAGUAAAACAUGGGUAAGGACCUCUGUAAUAGACCCAUCCCCACCCCACCCCCUACCUGCCUUUUAUGGGUGUAACGCCUGUGCGGUUAAUUCCCCCUCCAUCGUUCUCUGGUGAGCUCUGACUAUGAAGAGAAAGCCACCACGUUAAUCACGCGUGAAAUUAUACACAGCAAGAUUGCACAAACGCCUUUAUUUCCGCUUCCUCUGUCUCCAUAGAAACUUGCCGUUGCUAUAAGCAUCUAACGACAAACUGGAGAAAUUACCCUCCCUAUGUCGAUCUGAAGUCUUUAAGCAGUCCUGGCGUUAUCAUACCACGUCUUCUCGAAGAAGUAAUCAAUGAAUGCUGUGGGGAGUGCCGUGCACAUGGAAAAUCAGAACUGGACUUCAGCCGCAGUGGAAAUAAUGGGACUUCGGAGCAAAACAGGUCAGAGUAUCUUCUGGAAAAUAUUGAUAACCAGACGGAUUUUUCCUUUCCGGUUAACGGCUACAAGUUGCAGAACAGUUACAGGGGAGGAUUGGAGUAUUCACCGUUUGUUGAGUCUGCUGGGGUGGCGUUUCUGACUUUCCAGGAUUCCUCUGAUGCGAAGCACGCCAUGUUUGUAACGCUCGAGGCGUGCUGGCCUGUUGUGGUGCUGUCUUUGGUGAUGGCUUACAUUGCGGGGCUGAUAAUGUGGUUACUGGUCAGUUGUGGCUAUUACAAAAUUUGAUUCACAUUGACACACAUGCAGUGCUCCUUGUAAACGAGAGAUAACAUUACAAAAGUAUUUCAACAUAUUGCUACAACACAUUUUUUCUUUUCCUUUUUUUUCUGCAUUUAUUUAAUUGUUUUGUUUAUAUGUUCAUUAUUCGUUUUUUCAUUUAUUUAAAGGAUACAAAAUCUAACAAUCAGCAUUUCCCUACCUCUUUUAUCCACGGAGCCUGGGAAGGAGUGUGGUGGGCGUUCGUAUCCAUGACAACCGUUGGG